AGCGCGCGGUGCGGGAGGGGCGGGGCCUCGUCGGCGGCGCGCGGCAGCGGCGGGAGCCAUGAAGCUGAACGUGGACGGGCUGCUGGUGCUGUUCCCCUACGAGUUCAUCUACCCCGAGCAGUUCUCCUACAUGCUGGAGCUCAAGCGCACCCUGGACGCCAAGGGCCACGGGGUGCUGGAGAUGCCAUCGGGGACGGGCAAGACGGUGUCGCUGCUGGCCCUGAUCGUCGCCUACCAGCGGGCCCACCCCCUGGACGUCUCCAAGCUGAUCUACUGCUCGCGCACGGUGCCCGAGAUCGAGAAGGUGGUGGAGGAGCUGCGGAAGCUUCUGGAGUGCUACGAGCGGGAGCUGGGGGAGGCGCUGCCCUUCCUGGCGCUGGCGCUGAGCUCCCGCAAGAACCUCUGCCUGCACCCCGAGGUGUCGGCGCUGCGUUUCGGGAAGGAGGUCGACAGCCGCUGCCUGGCCCUGACGGCCUCGUACCUGCGGGAUCCCCCCGAGGGAGCCCGGCCCAGCUGCUCCUUCUUCCAGGAGUUCGAGGCGCGGGGCCGGCAGAGCCCCCUCCCCUUCGGGGUUCACAACCUGGACGAUCUGAGGGCGCUGGGCCGGCAGCGCGGCCUCUGCCCCUACUUCAUGGCCAGGGCCUCGCUGGCCCACGCCAACGUGGUGGUGUACAGCUACCAUUACCUGCUGGACCCCAAGAUCGCGGGGCUGGUGUCGGCCGAGCUGGCGCGCUCCUCGGUCGUGGUGUUCGACGAGGCGCACAACAUCGACAACGUGUGCAUCGAGGCCAUGGGAGUGACCAUCACCCGCCGGACGCUCGACCGCUGCCAGGCCAACGUGGCCACGCUGCAGAGCCACGUCCAGCGGAUCAAGGAGUCGGACUCGCGCCGCCUGGCCGAGGAGUACCGGCGCCUGGUGCAGGGGCUGCGCGAGGCGGCCGCCCGCGACUCCGACCUGUUCCUGGCCAACCCCGUCCUGCCCGACGAGAUCCUGCAGGAGGCCGUCCCCGGCAGUAUCCGCACAGCCGAGCACUUUGUGGGGUUCCUGCGCCGUCUGGUCGAGCACCUGCGGGCGCAGCUCCGGGGACCCCGAGUGCAGCAGCUGAGCCCCCCGGCCUUCCUGAGGGAGCUCCGCGACAGGGUCUGCAUCGACCGCAAACCCCUCAGGUUCUGUGCCGAGCGCCUGCACUCCCUGCUCCGCACCCUGGCCCUCCCCGACGUCGCCGAUUUCUCCCCCAUCACCCUGGUGGCCAAUUUCGCCACCCUGGUCAGCACCUACAGCAAAGGUUUCACCAUCAUCAUCGAGCCCUUCGACGAUCGCACCCCGAGCAUCUCCAACCCCGUGCUGCACUUC